CGGUCGGUCGGUAGCCAUUUUUGAUUUGCGGAUGAAAAUUUUGCACCGUUCAGCCAGCGAAGGAGAAGCACUUUCGGCGUGGUCCGGGAAUUUUAUCGGAUUUUAAGCCGGAAAUCGAGUUCUAAACGUCGUUCCCGAAUCGUCUUCGGAACACGGGAGAGUCCGUGCGUUUGAAAUUAUAUUAAUCGACAGUGGUCUCCGCUCUGCAAAGGGAAAGUUAGUAAAAGUAGUAGCACAAAAUUGGUGAUCGAUGUUUAAUUAGACCAGAGUAUUAAAAUUCCCCGCAAUGGUCAGGGAGAAAGUGUCUCCGCCUGCUCCUCGAGCGUUUUUACUCGAUGAUGUUUGUACGAAGAAAAUGAAGUACUCCGUACCAUGGAUAGUGACGAUUCCAGACCCGGUUCGUCUGCGUCCAAUAGUUCCGGCUCGGAAAGUCCAUCCAGUCCGGGCGCACCGGGUGUUGCCCAGGAAACGGCAGAGGCGGACGGUGCUGAACUGCGUCAGUCUCGCUCGCGAUCCAGAUCUCGGUCACGGUCGGUUUCCCGUUCGCGUUCGCGGUCGCGUUCCAUCUCCAGUUCCAGAUCGCGAUCCAACACUCCGGCAUCGAAAAAGAUUAGUCCAGCGUCUAGUCCCAAGAACUACGACGAUGCACCGUCACGGUCGAAUUCGCCUUCGUUCCGGAGCGCGGAGAAUUCGCGCAAUUCUAUGGCGCAGAAAUCGCCCAGAAGUCGCAGCGGCUCUCCGGACGCUGGCCGUUAUAAACGGUCAAGGUCGGGUUCGAAGGAAUCGAAUCGAUCGGACACUUCUCCGAAACGGCAUCGUCACCUGUCGCGGCAUUCCAGCGGAUCCAACCUUAGCGAAAAGCUGAAGGGAGAAGAGAUAUCUGACUGUGAGAUAGAAUCCGAUCAGGAGGACAAGGACAAGAGAAGGGACGUUGAUAAAAUGGACGACGGUGAGGUGCCAUCUGGACACGGUGGAGUUAAGGACACAUUGGAUAUGAGUCACGAGGAUCUCAGCGAUGUGAGUCUUGAGAGCGAAAACGAACAGGAAAAUGAGAAGGAUAGUGAUCGUGAAAGCGAUAAGGAUGAUGCGGAGGAAGACAAAGAAGACGGUGUCCACCAGCGUGGCGAGGAAGAUGAUGCACCGCCGCCAAGGGAUAACGAAAAAAUCAAAAUAACAGAUUUGCGCCAAAAACUGGAGGAAAAGAAGAAUCAGCUCCGCAACAUGGAGGACAAACAACAGACCAACGGAACGAUUAGAGCUCACGAGAGCUUGUUGGACGCCGAUAUCAUCGAUACGAAAAACGAUGAAGACGCUCUGGACUUUGAAGCCGAGGAGGGCGAAUGCAAUGAUCCGCCGAAGGAGGUGGAGAAAACGGAAACGGGCAAAAUUCCGGUCCAGGCUCCCGAAUCCGACAAGAAGAAGCACUCCGAGGCAGAGCUGGAGGAAGGAGAAGAACUGGAAGAAGGAGAAGUAUCCGAUGAGGAUGAAAAAAGACCGGAGGAGACGGAACCCAAACCGGUAUGUCGGUUCUACACUCGAGGGCAGUGUACUUGGGGAAUGAGCUGUCGUUUCCUGCAUCCCGGAGUAACGGACAAGGGCAACUACACCAUGUUCGAUAUGGUGCGCCCCGUUCCGAUUCCUCAUCAACCGCCGCCAUACGCCGCUCAUCCGGUUGUUUAUCAAUCGGACUAUCGCAUCGAGCGUCCUCCAAUGCAUCAUAUGGCCCCGCAUCAUGCCGUUCCGUAUGGAGGCGCAAGUGCUUUGCCACCACAAGUGAGAGCCCAGGACCCAGUCGGCGAGAGUGCUUGGGAGCGGGGCCUCCGAACAGCAAAGGAGAUGAUGCGUAAAGCCACUAAACGCAAGGAACAAGAUAUAGACUUUGAAGAUAAGAAGAUGAAUCUUUCGCUAACUCAAGAUGAGUUGGAGAAAGAUAAUUAUUAUACACGAGGAUCACCAGAGUCACCAUCAUACGGUGGACGUCCCCCUGCAGCGGCUGUGCCGUAUGAGUUUAACGCCCCGGUGACAGCCAAAUUCACUCGGCCAGCACCCGCAUUCGAGGAGGAUGCCUUUGGUCGCACUCAUCGCUACCGUGAGUUACCUUCCCAUCGAAUGCCACAGUACGAGGACGAAGAUCCAUCCAAGCGUCGUAACCGAGCCACCCGAGAAGUGAUCGUCCAACGUGCCGACGAAUGGAACGAUCCGUGGAUGCGUUCUAAAUCACCUGCACGGAGAAACGAUCUUCUCGACGGGAACGACGCAGCUAUAGCAACAGCUCAUCGUACAGUAGUUCCAGCAGCAGUUCCCGUUCCGGAUCCAGUUCUGAUUCAAGCCGUUCGCCCUCACCCACCACAAAACGUCCCCGAUAUGACAGUCACCGGUCGAAAGAAAGUGAUCGCCACGCCACAACACACGUUCGAAAGGUCAUUCGUACCCGAUCGCCCAGUGCUAGCCCGAGACGAGUCCGUAAAGUUUCACCAGUUGUUGCGAAAAAACGCAAUGCUUCACCUCUGCCGGAUAAGAGAGUUAUCGAAAAAUCUGUUUCAACGAAGCGGAAAAAGACUUCCCCAGCGCGCAAAACGUCCACCGAAAAGCGCAGGCGGCGAUCGAGCUCUUCUGGAUCGGGCUCGUCCGAUUCUAGCGAUUCUGGCUCAGGAAGUUCGUACUCGUCCAGUUCAUCGACGUCGUCUCGAGAAAAGUCCAAAAAAUCCAAGGCUGUCGAGAAGUCUUCAAAGACCACAGUAUCGUCAAAGAAACCAGAACCGAAGAAGUCAUCAAGUGAUUCAAAACCGAGCAGCCAGGUCAUUCCACCGUCAAGUGCAGCUUUGGAGAAGGCAGCGGCUAGUGCAAGUGCUGCUAAGAAAUCCUCCCGGAGGGAGGAGCUACUUAAACAGUUGCGGGCUGUGGAGGAAGCCAUCGCUCGGAAGCGAACAAAAAUUUCCUAAAUAUCUCCCGUUUUCCUUUACGUCCAUAGUAAGCCCACACAUCAAGAAUUCCAUUUCAAUCAUUUUGACCACAGCGAGUUAACCUUAGAACGUAAUGUCGAUGUAAUAAUCUCAUGAGAGAUUUGUCGUUUAAUUAGUAUGACACAUUUCCAUCCCUCCAUAAUCGCACAAUGAAUAGAAAAUUACAGGAUUGAUACAACAAAAGUAGGGUUGUAUCCACUCAGAUCUGUUAUUUUGUGUUCGCCGCAAUUAGCUUGAUUGUUUGAACAAUCGACCGACCUGCACCGUUGUACAACAAUUCAGUGACAUUAGGUUUGCCAUCAAAUUAAAAUAAUCGAACUCAGCUGAUCCCAUCCCAUCAACGUUUUCCGUAGAAGCAAGGCAUUACUACUUUAUCGAAGUAAUGCAACCGACGUACAUACGUGUGACAUUGGCGUAGAAUACUGCUCUGGACUAGAAACAAAAAUAUAGUGAUACUGGUAAUAGUAACUAAACAAUAAAAGUUAAAACAUCA